AUGGCUCCGGCAAGAAGAGCUGCGGCCAAAAAGAGAGGCGCCGGAAGGGUAAGAAGCUCUCAUAAAUCAUUUCGGCCUUGCUCUAAUUGGCUGGUAUUUGGCAGCCAAUUAGAGCAAAGUAGCAGUUUACAGUAUGAGCUUUUAGUUUUUUGCCUAAUUUUUGAUUUUCAGACCCCAGCACCCCUAAGAAGCCCCGAAUUUCCCAGCCUCCAGCUGUCCAGCUCUUCCUCCGACAGCGAAGCGGAUGACCUCUCUCCGACCACCCGUCAGAACACCCUCGCCAACUCCGGCAGCGGUCAUCUUCUUAGUCCAAAGCCCGAGAGCAACAGACGCAGCGCCUCCAAGACUCCCGAUCCAGAUCUCCAACGGGAUUUGGUCGAUGCAACUCCGAUGAGAAAUGAUUCGAUGGAAGCGCGUCUCUCUCCGGUGCUGCGGCGUGCAAGUGCGGCACAGGCGAAGGAGAUGGAUGUGGAGGAGCCAGAGCAGGUUGCUGGACCUUCCAGGGCCAGAUCUCCGGCCAAAAAAGCGGCCAAGUCAAGAGCCGCCGCCAAGUCCGGAAAAGUUCCACUUGGAUCUCCCCCGCCAAAGGUAGGAAAAAUUAUCGUGGCUUUAAAUAAUGACAAAAAAAUUGGAGCCAAAUAGUGGUUUUGAAAUAAGAGGACAGUGAUAAUUUUUUGGUAGAUUUAAUAUUUGAUUUCUUCAGCGGGCCCUUCGCCCUCGACCCACUCCAAGUCCGAUCACCAGCACUCCCAGGUCCAAUUCCAAGUCUCCGAAACCUGUGGUCAUUCCUACGACUAUUCCAGAAGAGGCGGAGAAUGAUUCUUCCAGAUCAAGUAGCUCUUCUGAAACCCAGCCACCUGUUCCCAGCACUUCUCGAGCGUCUCCGAAGCCUCCGGCCAAAAAAGGAAGGCCUCCGGCCCAACCUAGAAUGAGCGUCCCUUCCCGUGCGGCGGUAAGGGGGGACAUUUACCAAUCAUUUUGAGCUAAAAAAAGUUUCUGCGAAGCGCGGUCAGAAUCUUGUGCAUGCAUCUUUGUUAGAAAAAAUUUACAUUUUGCCAUGUUUAUCAACAUUUUUUGAUCGACUCAAAGAGUUGAAGCUUUGAUUGUUUGCAGCUUCGUCGCCAAGCCCACGCUGAACAAGCCGGCACUUCCAAAGAUCUUCCCAAGUCUCCGGCCAAGAAAUCGAAGGCGGCGGCUGAACCUUCCGGAGUGAGUGGACCUGCAAAGGGAAGAAUAAAUUUUCUGCAGGGCUUUUUAUUUUUGAUCCCAAGUUGAUCAGUUGACCAUAUUUUCUUGAAAAGUUAUGACCGAACGAUCAACGGAAAUUUUCCGGGUCUUUAAAAAAAAUGUUUUUGAACUUGACCAGGAAACUUGACCGAUUUAGUCUGACCAACUUGACCUGCCUAAUCAGACCGGUCCAGUCGAAAAAAAUUUUUUUGUUGGCCAUUUUUUAUGAUUUGUCUUUGAAAAUUCAAUUUUCAGCGCCCUCGAGCCGCCAGUCCGGACUCCAGCUCCAGCGCUUCCGAAUCCAGUCCUCCAAAGGUGAGAACAAAAAAGAGGAAUUAAAAUCAUGAAUGUAAUAACUUUGUCUUAUUUGCAGCGUCGCCGUAAAGCUCGUGCCAGUCCAAAGCCAGGCCCAAGUCAUGCGAAGUCUCAGCGUCCAGUUGUCCAGCCACCAGUCGCCGCCACAGCCUCGCCUAAGCCUCCGGCCAAGAAGCCUUUUAUGCAUGCCCGAAUGUCGGCGGCUCCUAGUCGUGCUGAUGUAAGAAUUCGUCGAAUUUUAGAUUUGAUUUUGAUUUCUUCAGCGCGCCGUUCGCCCUCGACCCACUCCAAGUCCGAUCACCAGCACUCGCAGGCCCAAUUCCAAGUCUCCGAGAGCUGUGGUCAUUCCAUCGACUAUUCCAGAAGAGACGGAAAGUAAUUCUUCAAAAUCAAGUAGUUCCAGCUCUUCUGAAUCCCAGCCGCCUGUUCCCAGCACUUCCCGAGCGUCUCCGAAGCCUCCGGCCAAAAAAGGAAAGGCUCCGCCCCAACCUAGAACAAGUGACCCCUCCCGUGCGGCGGUAGGGAGAACAUUUACUAAUCCUUUUGAUCUAAAAACUGUUUCUGCAAAGCGUGGUCGCAAUCUUGCGCAUGCAUUUUUGCGAGAAAAAAAUUGACAUUUUGCCAUGUUUAUGAAACUUGAUGACUCAAAGAGUUGAAACUGUGAUUGUUUGCAGCUUCGUCGCAGCUCUAGUGCUUCGAGAUCAAGCGGUUCCCACUCUUCUGAACCCCAGCCUGAGGAGGAUCAAGCUCCCAGUGAUGCCAAUGCUGCUCCUAAGCCUCGUCCCAAGCCACCGGCCAAGAGACCAAAGCUGUCCCAGAAGGCCCGAAUGGAUCCUGCACGCACGGUAAAAAACGGCAAAUCUAAAACUUUUUUUUUGAUUUUUGAUUUUUUCGAUGUUUGCUUUUGCUUUUCCAGGGAUCAGACUAUCAACUCCAUCUUCCGGUGUCUCGAGUUCGCCGUCAAAUGAAGCAGGAGUUGCCAAAGAAGAGAAUGGCCAAGAACUCUUCGAUUGCGGUGGCGGCGGCCGUCCAAACAAUCCUCACCGAAGUCAUUGCGGGCGCGAUGGACGUGGCCAAGAGCCAAGGAACGACCCGGAUAAACCCCAGACACAUUAUGAUGGCCAUCAAAGCCGAUGAGGAGCUGGAUCACAUCUUCAAGGACGUGACUAUCGCCGGUGCAGGAUACGUCCCACUUCAUCCGACUUUCUAG